ACAGAACAUGGCAGCGCUGUCAUAAAUUCUCUAUGAAGCCUUGUGGCAGCUUAAUAUAGCUCUGGCCUCAGCUGGAGUGACUCUUGUCUGAUGGUGAGGAGCUCUGUACAGGUACCGUAGCGUCUUAUUUCCCUCACGUUCAUUGUUCAGACAGCACUGAUAACCAUGACAAAGUCCAGCCACGAUUCAGACUUGGACGAGUUCUUUGAGGACAUCGAUGAAGAUGAAAUUUUGGCGAAUCUUUCUCCGGAAGAGCUGAAGGAGCUUCAGAAUGAGAUGGAGGUUCUGGCGCCUGGUACAGAUUUACCAGGGGGAAUGACGCAAAAGAACCAAACGGAUAAUGCUUCAUCAGGCCAGUCUGACCUCCAAUCCCAGGACUCUAUUGGAGACAUCGACGAAGAUGAAAUUUUGGCCAAUCUCUCUCCGGAGGAGCUGAAGGAGCUCCAGAAAGAGAUGGAAGUGUUGGCUCCAGAUCCACGUUUACCAGUGGGGAUGAUACAGAAGGACCAGACUGAGAAACCACCCACAGGACAAUUCGACCACCGAUCCCUCAUUGAUUACCUGCAUUGGGAGAAGGAGUCAACGCGAAUGUUAGAGGAGGAGAGAGUUCCUGUUACGCUGCUGCCCUCUGAGAGAAAAAUUGCUGCAGCAGAAAAAGAGAGAAAAGCAGAAAAAGAGAGACCAGAACGUCUGGACAGAGAGGAGAAACAACAAAAAACAGAAGAGAAUAAAAAUGAAGUAUUGGAGAAGGUCUGUAACAAGGACAACCAUGUUGAUGGCACAAAAGAUGUGCAAGAGAAGGUACAAACAAAGCAAAUCCAAGAAGCAGAGACACAACAUGAAUGUGCGAAAACUGCACUGGAUAGUGAGGGUGAAAAACCAACCCAACAGGAGGAGGAGGAAGGAACGGAGUCUGUGGUUGAGAAGGCAAAUGGUAGCACACUGACUGCUAUCAAUGAUCUGGUGGACAACACAGUGGACAACACAGAAAACAUAAAGCCAGCAGGGAUUUCCAAAUUGAACAUCCCCAAGAAACUAGCUAUAGACUCCAGCUUCAUCAAGAUGACUGCCAGGCCUUCUGGCAACCAAACUGACUUGGACAGAACAUUGCAGAGCAUCAGGAAAAAUGAUCCAAACAUCAAAGAGGUCAACUUGAACAACAUUGAGAAUAUUCCAAAGGAAAUGCUGGUUGACUUUGUAAAUGCUCUGAAAAAGAACAAGCAUGUAAAAACCUUCAGUAUGACCAAUGUGGGAGCUGAUGAGAACAUUGCAUUUACUUUGGCCAACAUGUUACGUGAAAAUAGAAGCAUCGUCACCUUGAACAUUGAGUCUAAUUUUAUCACAGGUAAAGGUAUUGUGGCUAUCAUGAGGUGCCUUCAGUUUAACGAAUACUUGACUGAAUUGAGGUUCCACAAUCAGAGACAUAUGUUGGGCCACCAUGCUGAAAUGGAAAUCGGAAGGCUUCUAAAGGCUAAUAACACUUUACUGAAAAUGGGGUAUCAUUUUGAGGUGCCUGGUCCCCGAAUGGUGGUUACCAAUCUGCUGACCAGAAACCAAGACAAGCAAAGGCAGAAAAGGAAAGAAGACCAGAAACAGCAACAAGAACAAGAUGAGGAGGAGAUCAUGUCUAUGCUAGAGAAUGGUCUGGAGUUGGGUAUUCCUCCACAACUUUGGGCUAUGAUUAAUCAAGCUUCACCAGCUCCUAACUCAAGGAUGCCAACAAUUCCUGAAGAGCCUAAGAUUCCAAUCCCACCGCUCCGAAAAAGUAAACAAAACAAGCCACAGCUUAGCUCAGAAAACAAUGUCAAUGCUGAACCCCUACCUUUCAAGGAUGUGAAACUAAAAAAAUUUCAGCCAAAAUCUGUUGCCCAAAAGUUGAGAGAAGAGACAGACAAAACCAGCCUGCGAGACAUGAUACAACUAAAGAGAGCAGCACCCAAGUCAAGUACGUCUCAAAAUUCAGAGCUGUCAGAGAAAACCAAUCUCAGGGAUGUAAUAAAAACUCUCAAGCCAGUGCCAAGAAACCGGCCACCACCUCUUGUCAAACUGACACCAAGGGAUGAACUUUUGAAAGAUAUUCGCCAGAGUAACGUGGCUUAUCUUAAAGCGGUACCCCUACCCAAAGAGCUAGAAACCCCCCUGGAUGAAUUGUUGUGAAGAUUUUUUUUACAUAGGCUGUACAAAUAUUGCUUACAAUGAACUUAUGGAAACAAUGGAAAGUCUUUUUAGCUAAUUACUGUAUAUGGGAUCAACGCAGCACAUGGGAUGAAUAGUAGAUUGAAUGGUGUGAAUUGAUAACACGUAUCUGUCAACAACCUAUUCAGGAAUGGGACACAGCAAGUGACAGGCCCGGAAAGUCACUGGAUACGGCAUAUAGUGGCAUCAUUAGGAGUGAACACACAAAUACUGGAAUUCCAGAAUAGAUGCUUAUGCAUCCCUUCACUGAUGUGUCUCAAGAGAAAAUCCCAAGAUUGUCAUCAAAAUCAAUGCAUAUCAUACAUCAUUUACUGAUGCAAUGGAAAUAUUCUGAUCUCUGAAUCCCCAAAUGGAACACGAAAAAAAAGAAAAAAAUACUUGCGCUUAUAGAAUUCUUUGUAAUUGGUUGUCGCUAACUUACUUUUUAUUAUCAGGCCAUCACAUUAUAUAUAUAUAUAUAUAUAUAUAUAUAUAACUGUAUAUAUUAUAACUAGGUUGUCUGUGAAUGUUAAAGUUUAACUCCAGCCAAAAUAAUGUAUGGCUUUAAACUGCACUGUGCUGUGCCGUUUUUUAAUUUGGAGUAGAGUUCUCUGUGGCCCACCAUGAAAGUAUAGCAAAUGUUGAAUCAACUUAAAGCGGAGUUCCACCAAUAUAAAAGUUAGCAGCUACAAAAAGUGUAGCUGCCGACUUAUUAAUCGGACACUCACCUGUUCCAGAUUCCAGCGAUGUGGGCGUAUGAAGCUCCGCUCGUUUCCCCCUCCUCUUCCCGGCGCCGGCAUUGUGACUGCGGGCACCCGGCUGUGGCUUCACAGCCAGGUACAAACUGCACAUUCGCGAGCUGCUCUGUGUGCCGUGAUUGGCCAGGCAAUCAUCUGGGACCUGUGACCUGUUCCAGAUGAUUUCCCAGAGGGAGGGGGGAGAGGUGAACUUCCUUCCGGCGCCAUGAUGCCCCCGGGAGGAAGUGGUAGUUGGAACCCUCUAAAAAGAGCGUUUCUGCUCCCCCCCAAGAAAUGAAAUGCCAAAUGUGACAUGUCAGGGGGUCACCUU